AGCUUGGUGGGACUCUGCUCCAAACUUAAAUCCCACUUCCAACAGGCUCAGCAGGCCAAUGGGGCGUUAGAGAAAUUCAGAGUGAUAUCAGCAUAUAGGAGAAAUAAAAACCUUAAAGACAUACUGGUUCACUCUAGUCUCACACAAAAGAAAAAACCACUGGGUAAUGACAAAUAUCUUUUAAAACUCAAAUAUCUUAAAAACACCUUUUCAGGGUUGGGGGCUCCAAUAUGGCAUAACAUGGGGUUGGAAUGGCCAAUGUGGUCUAUGGGAUUAGGUGCAGUAUGUGUCGGAAGAUAUAUAUCAGUGAAACCAAAAAUUCCUUAGGUGAUAGACUUAAACAGCACUUAUAUCACAUUGGUAAAAUGGACAGAACCACAGUGCUAUAUACCCACUUUCAGGGACACACUGUGGAUAAUGUCACAAUUUUCGGUUUAGAGACUAAUAAAAACUGGUCAAAACUGCAAUGACAGAGGGCAGAAAGACAUUGGAUUAAGGUUAUUAAGAAUAUUGAUCCAAUGGGCUUAAAUGAGAAAUUCUAAACCACCUAGCACCUUACCUCCAUCUAGCGUCCGGUUUCGGAGACGGCAGCUGGAGCUCCCUCUAAGGCUUAAGAGAUAUACAUAAGGGGGAGAGAUGUAUUGACUGCGGGAAUGUACCAAUAAAUGAAUUUGAAAAUUGUGUGGUUUUCUAUUUCUUCUAUGUUACAAAGAAAAUAUUUAUUGACGUCUGGUAGGACCAGCAUGGCACUUUUGCAUGUUACCCCCCCCCCCCCCCCCCUUUUUUUUUUAUGCAUGAAAAGCACUUAUUGUAUAUUUAUUUUAAUUGUACUUUAUUAAUUGUACAUAAUUGGUGCAUUUCCUGCAGUCUAUAUAUUUUUUGUCAUACCUUGACAGGGAGUCCUUUUUGGAGGCAGGUUGCAAUCAUUGUAUUCUUGUUUUAGCUGGGGCUUCACUUGCCUUCAAAAGGAAAACUUAUCCUAAAUUAGAAAUCAAGGGAAUUUCACAAUAAAAGUCUAACCUCAAUUGUGCCUGUUCCUAAAACUAAUAAAAGUCUCCACUUACCUGUUGUUUAAAAGCCAUCUUAUGUGGACAUCUAGGAGUGACAGCAGAAAUCACCUGUGGGUUUAUGAAAUAAAAGAGGGUUAGAAAACACUGGCUAUGAAAUUAUUGUAUUUAUUUAUUUAUUGGUUUGGUUUGACGUGGUGUAUAUGGUUUACAGGAAUAUAUUUACUUACUUUAUUUGGUCCUUUUGCAUUUAGGGAGGAUAUAAAUUCUGCACCCCUUGUUUUUCCUCCCCCCCUUUUUAUAAGCACUUAUAUAUUUUUCUAUAUUUAUUUAAAUAUUUAUUGAGAUAGUGGUUUUCUCCCUUUUUGUUGCUUCCCCCACAGUGAGAUAGAAACAGGUUCCGGUAGCCAGUUGGUUAACACUGCCCAAGACAGAAUAUUCCCCUCCAACUUUUGACCUAACCCUAACCCCAGUGACAUUGUUCCUAAACUAGAGAAUAUUCCCCUGCCCCUCACCUUAACCCUAACCCCAACCUCAGUGACACCAGUGCCUAAACCUAACCUCAGUGACACCGGUGCCUAAAACCUAACCUUAAGCCUAAAGUCCUCUACCUAACCCUAAACCCUAACCCUAACCUCAGUGACACCGGUGCCUAAAACCUAACCUUAACCCUAAAGUCCUCCACCUAACCUUAAACCCUAAACCCUAACCCUAACCUUAACCCUAACCCUGACCCUAAACCUAACCCUAACCCUAACCUCAGAGACACCGGUGCCUAAACCUUAAUUCCUUCCCUUCCCGUUUUUGGGAUCCUACUGUAAUGUCUUGUCUUGUCCUUGUCUCUCCUGUAUUUUAAAUUUUUUUAAUAUGUUUUUCUGGGGAUUUCAUUUAAACAUAAAGGAGGAUAUAUAUAGCUCCUGUGCCCGUGCACACUUAACACCCACUUGGAGUUAAGAAUUUGUCCCCCUAACCCUAACCUUAACACUAACAACAGUGAUCCUAGACAAGCAUCAAUACACAUAUGAGGCAAACAGACAGUUAUCCAACACCAAGUACUAUGUACCAAUAGAAGACAGCAUACAACCACAGACUCAGACUAAGCUACGCAGAAUCAUACAAACACUUUAUGAUAAACGGUACAUCAAUAAGAAACAACCAGACUUUCUAUUUGGACCAGACACCCCACGACCCAGACUGUUUUACCUACUUUGUAAAAUUCACAAAGAACCAGGCACCUGGACAAUUCCCCAUGAAGUUCCUCCUGGCAGGCCCAUCGUAUCAGACUCUAAUAGUGAACCGUACAACAUAGCUCAAUAUAUUGACCAUCAUAUCAACCCUCUCUCCACUAGACACCCCAGUAACCCUCUCUCCACUAGACACCCCAGCUACCUCAGAGACACUUACCACUUUCUUGAGAAGAUUAAACCCAUAGUUGUUCCCUCCCAAACAUACAUAUUCACUAUAGACAUUGAUAGUUUAUAUACCAACAUAAAUACAGCAACAGGAAUACAGACGGUUAGAAAUCUACUCCAAGCACACCCAGAUAGGAAUAGACCAGACAAUGAACUAAUACAAUUAUUAGAAAUUUAGUCUCACACACAACGACUUUAUAUUCAAUGAUAGGCACUACUUACAGGUGGAGGGAACGGCUAUGGGGAAGAAAUUUGUCCCUGCAUAUGCAAACAUCUACAUGGCUGAAUGGGAGAGAGAGGCAUUGGCAAAGUGCCCACAUCAACCCACAUUUUAUUACAGAUUUCUAGACGACAUCAUAGGAGCCUGGCCUCAUGACAUCCAACUAUUCACUGAAUUCAUCAGCAUUCUCAACAGUCAUCACCCGUCCAUUAAGGUUAAAUACACAAUAGAUCCAUGUGAAGUACAUUUCUUGGAUACUACAGUCUUCUUUAAUCAGAUAAACCAAUCCCAAAAAACAUUACUCACUAAAGUUUAUUUCAAACCAACAGAUACACAUGCUCUACUCCAUAAACAGAGUUAUCAUCCCAAACAUACAUUUAAAAGCAUCGUCAAAUCACAAAUUAUACGGUUCCAUAGGAUAUCCUCCUGUAAACAGGAUCUGGACAAAGCAAUUCAAACUCUAUUUCAUGCACUUAGACAAAGAGGCUACUCCAAACGAUAUCUCAGAACCAUAAAAAGCAGCACCUUGGCGGUCGUCUCUUUCAUUCAGCUAACACACCCACAAAACACAAGUCUGUCAAUCACUCUUUCUGACCACAACUUUCAUUACAGAGGUUCUGGAGGCACUACCAAAUCCCCCCCUUCUACUGACCUUAACCCUGACCCUAACCUUAACCCUGACCCUAACCCGGGUUCGUAUCCUGCUCCUGCCCCUAACCUUAACCCUUACCCUAACCUGGGUUCGUAUCCUGUUCCCACCCCUAACCCUAAACCCUAACCCCUGACCCCUAACCUUAAACCCUACCCUAACCCGGGUUCGUAUCCUGUUCCAACCCUACUCCUAACCCUAACCCCAAACUUAACCCUUACCCUAACCUGGGUUCGAAUCCUGCUCCUGACCCUAAACCUUAACCCUUAACCCUAGACCCGGGUUUCGUAUCCUGCUCCCGCCCCUGACCCUACCUUAACCCUUACUCUAACCCGGGUUGUAUCCUGUUCCAACCCCUACCCCAACCUACUCCUAACCCUAACCCCAAACUUAACCACUUACCCUAACCGGGGUCGUAUCCUGCUCCCGCCCUGACCCUAACCUAACCCUUACCUAACCCGGGUUCGUAUCCUCUCCCGCCCCUGACCUAACCUUAAUAACCCUUACCUGUCCAACCCCUACCCCCACCCUAACCUGUUCUAACCCUAUACGGUUUGUAUCCGCCCCGCACCUAACCUUAACAUUAAACCCGAUCUUAUUCCAACCCUAACCUACCCGACAAACCCCCUAACCACCCUAAACCAAUCCAGCCCCCCCCAUAGAAUAACUAACAGCAUUAGAAUCCAGAAGGAAUAAGGUCUCAAAGACGUCCUAAUCAAAGCCAAAUACAGCACUAAGCCCCCCACAACCACCCCAAACCUCACACGGCCCACUUCAGACCAAGAAAAUUCAUUCAAAUCCACAUAGCAAGACCUCCACACAGUUUUAGACUCUAUCCACUCAACACUCCAAAUGUAUUCAUAUAAUUACCUGUUACAUUAUGCAAAAAACACUACAUCGGGGAAAACUCAGUAUACAUAGAAAUAGACUUAAACAACAUCUAUACAACAUCAAACGGGCCCAUCUACACACAGAACUAGUGACUCAUUUCCAGGAUCACCCCAUCACUUACCUCAAUAUAUCCGGCUUACAGUCGUGUUCUGGGUGGACCAGUGGGCGGCGAAAAGCAGUGGAACGUGGGUGGAUAAGAGAUCUACAAACGAUUACACCCACGGUCUGAAUGAGCGUUUUUAACCAGUAGAUAGGAUCAAUUGAAAGGGAUAGCACUUGUUUACAGGGAUCUCAAGGAGGUGAAAGGAGGAUGCACUAUUCAAACAAAAAAUACAAAAAAUAAAGUUGCAGUGGUUGUCUAAUAUUUAAUAUUUGCAUGCUCAUCUGAAAUAGUUUUAUUCCUUAUUUUUUAUGUAUUUGAAUUUGUUUUGACAUUUUAGCACUUUAUCUCCUAGCACUUUGUCUUCUAACGCUUAUAUAUGUGUCUAUAAUUGUGUUUGUAUAUGUAUUAUUAAAGCAUCUAUCCCCUGAUCCCUUGUAUAUUUUAAUAUCCCAGUCCCUUCAUGGUCCUAGAUAACCACUCAGACUAUCAUUUUAGAAAUAAUAAUAACCUACUUACUUUUGGUGAGGUUAUUAGGGGGUAAUCUAGAUCAUUUUAACAGUGGAAUGGUUUAUAGCAUUAUAUUGGAGGGGCACACAACAAUAGGCCUGCGCACCACAAGACAAAACCAGUCUCUCUUUAAGCCUACCCUAAUUCAAAACCUAACCCUAACCCUGGUGGUACUGUUCCUGACACUAACCCCAACUCUAACCCUAACCUUAACCCCACCCUGAACCCUAACCUUCUCCCUCCUAACCUUAACACAGGUGGCAUUGUUCCUGACACUAACACGAACCUUAACUCUAACCCUAACCACAACCCUAACCCUCAGACUUUCCCUAGAAACCCCACUCCCACCUUGGUUACAGGGCCUGAACUUAAGAGGUUACCAAUAAUCAGCACCUAUUCACACACAAACCAACGCAUACACUCAAGAUGAAAAAGCGCAUUUUCUAAUACACAACAUGUCUUCCCCCCACUAAAACCAUUCCGACCCAUCUCAGCAUACAGGAGGAAUCCUAAUCUGAAGGACCUCUUAGUUCAUGCAACAUUUUCGAACAGGCCCUCUCCCCCAGUACCCAUGGAAAGUCACUACUACAGACAACUGACAAACAUACACAACCCACACGCACACACUUUUAGCCCAAUCAAACAACUGAUGAACAUAAACAGUACUAACAUUGUUUAUGCAAUCACUUGUGCAUUAUGCCAAAAAAUCUAUGUGGGGGAAACUGGAUCUACAAUUUUAACACGUCUUAAACAACAUCUAUAUACAAUCACUAAUAAUAAACUGUCCACACAUCUAGUUAUACACUUCCAAACACACCCGAUUAUACACCUGAACAUCACUAGGUUAGAAACUGUCUCCACCUGGACCAUAGCCCAGAGAAAGGCCGCAGAAUCCAAGAGGAUAGCCACCCUUAGAUCUCUGGCUCCACUUGGAUUGAAUGGCAAA